CGGAUGUUCCGUUCUUGCUCGAGCUAGCAGAGCAGAACACAAACGGCCGCUUCCGCAUUGCUUCCUUGUUUAUUAGAUUGAGGGAAAACAGUGACUUUAGAAGAAAAAAAGUUUACUUUUUCUUUCUCUGGAAGCGGCGGGAACUCCUCCUCAAGAUAUUCGAACUCCAAGAUACCUGAAGUGCUCUCACAGAAGAAGCUGUCCACGUUUAAUCUCCAGGAGUGAACAAGUGUCUGCUCUUGAAUGGCCACAGCUGCAGAGGAGCCUCCAGGGCUACAGGGCCCCUCUGGGUACCUGCAGAGUCAGUUCUGGAGGAGACUGUCUUCUCUCAGAGAUUCGCCUGGUACUCGAAAAAAUGCUGCUAUUGAGGGACCAAGCACCACCAUGACUCAGAACAUGAAAAAGACUAUCGGCCACAGAGGAAUCGAUCCCACUGGAGAGACAACGUACAAGAAGACGACAUCAUCAGCCCUGAAAGGUGCCAUCCAGUUAGGCAUCACGCACACAGUGGGUAGCUUAAGCCAGAAACCUGAGAGAGAUGUGCUGCUGCAGGACUUUGAAGUGGUGGAAAGCAUUUUCUUUCCCAGUGAGGGGAGCAACCUGACACCAGCCCACCAUUAUGGAGACUUCAGGUUCAAGACGUAUGCACCGAUCGCCUUUCGCUACUUCAGGGAAAUGUUUGGCAUCCGGCCUGACGACUACAUGUAUUCUCUGUGUAAUGAGGACCUGAUCGAGCUGUCAAACUCCGGGGCCAGUGGAUCUCUCUUCUACCUCUCCAGUGAUGAUGAGUUCAUUAUUAAGACAGUGCAGCACAAAGAGGCUGAAUUUCUACAGAAAUUGCUUCCAGGAUACUUUAUGAACCUAAACCAGAACAAGCGGACCUUAUUACCAAAGUUUUAUGGACUCUACUGUGUCCAGGCAGCGGGGAAGAACAUCCGCAUCGUAGUCAUGAACAAUCUGCUCCCGAGCGCUGUGCGAAUGCACCUCAAGUAUGAUCUGAAAGGCUCCACGUACAAGCGGCGGGCCUCACCUAAAGAGAGAGAAAAGGCCGUUCCAACAUACAAGGACCUGGAUUUCAUGCAGGACAUGCAGGAGGGGCUGCUAAUGGAGGGGGACAAGUACAGUGCUGUUUGCAAGACCAUCCACAGAGACUGUCGGCUUUUGCAAAGUUUUAAGAUUAUGGAUUACAGCCUCCUGGUGGGAGUCCACAACCUAGAUCAGGCUUGUCGAGAGCAGGCCAGUGAAGAGGCGGUGGCCGGAGCUGCGGACCAAAGGAGGCCACCAGGCCAAAAGUCCCUGUACAGCACGGCUAUAGAGGCCAUCCAGGCUGAUGCAGGGAGCAUGGGAUCAGAGGACACGGAGGACAAAACUGGAGGCAUCCCAGCACGGAACUCAAAAGGCGAGAGGCUGCUGGUGUAUAUUGGUAUCAUUGACAUUCUGCAGUCCUACAGAUUCGUAAAGAGGCUCGAACACUCGUGGAAAGCUCUGGUUCACGAUGGGGACACUGUAUCAGUGCACAGACCUGGAUUCUAUGCAGAAAGAUUUGAGAAGUUCAUGUGCAAUGCGGUCUUCAGGAAGAUCUCAUUGAAGACCUCCCCAUCUAAGAAGCGCCGUGCUGUGGCACAUGGGCCUUUGAAAAAGACAGCUGGCUCUGGGCCUUUACUGAUGACCCAAACCAGCGGCAACAACCAGCACCCUUUACUUCAGCAUCAAGUCAGCACCGACACCAUAGAAAACACUGAAGGAGACAACGUCAUGCAGUCAGGUCGCCCCGACCUCCUCCCAAAGAGCUUACCUCCCAGCGGCGCUGUUGGCAACACAACCGUCGCCUCCUCCGUGGGAAACCCUGGAUUUGCUCCUACAAGUCAGAAUCUGCCUCAGGAUUCCAGCAGGUCAGCAGGAUUGGAUUCAAACAACACGGCGAGCAAAGACAAGGAGCACAGCACCCCCAAGAGCGCUCAGUUUGGGACCCUUGAAGAAAGUAUUGGUGCUGAGGAUGUGAUCUCACUCAGUGACAUUGUUCCUAACACAAGCAAAUGCUCUGUAUAGCUGGGCGAAGGAGACAUGGACUGAAAUGAACUGAAACAAACUUUGAGUUUGUUAUGAGCACAGAGGAAAUGUUACAGUUCCCCUUGGUGUGAUUUAAGGUACCAACAUUGAAAAGUUAUAGAGUGAAUCAGCUCAACUAAGGGGGAUAUUAAUGUUUUGUUGUUUUUGUUGUUGUUGACGUUUUUGCACUUUGAUUUCCACAUCUCAACAUGGAAUGAGCACGUAAGUGGGUGGUUAUGUUCCGACACUAGUUAUUGAGGGUGCAUUAAUGCUGUGGUUAUCAAACACUAUUAUUCAUCUCAAAGGAAUGCUUCCAUGCACAACCAAAGAUUGUUCUUGGCACUGAUGUGCUCAGUUAAACCAGCAUUCUUCUAACAUGAGGACUUUGCCUUAUGAGAGAACUUUUUAUUUAAGCGUAGUUACAAAAUUAAUUGUCUCCUCUUUUGUGUUUACCAAACUAGUGCAGCACAUCCUCAUGCAUACGUGCUCUGUAAAAGCCAGAACCUAGAGGACUGUUUCUGAUCCUUUUGAGUCAAAUGCUUUCGCAGAAAUCCAUGUAAUUUGGGUUGUGAACACAAUUUUUCUUAAUAAAAAGGUUUUAAUUUCUGUAUUGAUACAAGGUAAGCUGCUGUUUCUUAAGCUUACUCUGAAUACAAAUGAUGCUGGAAAAGAGGUGAUCCUCAGUUUGCGGUUUCUAUUUAACCAGCAGUUGUAAUGGACCUGUGCUAUUUUUAAGACUGUGAAUCCUUAAAUGUCAUCUCUCUCAAGUUCAGGUCUUAGGGGUUUUAGAACAUGAGGGGUUAUAUGCUUGUACACUCUGCAAUCUGAUAUCAGUUUCAGGUUUAGGGUGUAGGCUGGGUUAUGUCCAGAUGUGACCAGAGAACUAAUGCUCAGAUGACAGCAAGGUGACCUGGGGCCUGUCUCAUAAAGUUAGAUUAAGUCAGCUAAUUUUAAUAGAAACCUUGUCUUGUUCAUUGUCAGAGAGUGCCCAAGUUUUAGUUUGAGUUUUGUUGCAAUGUCAACUAAUCUAGCAAUGCAGUUCAGCUCCUUCAGCUUGUUCUCCAUUCAGAUUCAAAGGUGUUUCGCUGGGGCAGCAAAACAGAGUUAAGUUAAUUAUUGAAGUAACUGUAGUAAAUAAAACUGACUGAUGCAAACUUAUCUGACGGUCAGUGCAUAUUGUAACAAUGUCGCCCCCCAAGAACAUAAUCUCCAAUGUGUAACUGUGAGUAGAAAUACUCCCAUAGACCCAUUAAUAGGACACUAUCAUAUAUAACUACAGGUCAUCAGCAUGAUUAAUGUCAUUUAUGCAACGUGCCCACUAACAUCAUGGAGUUGUGUAACUACAGCACCUGUGGUUGGUGUGUGUGUGCGUAUGUGCGUGCAUGUGUUAAUGAUGUAACACUAUUUGAUUGAUGUGUUAUCUAUUUUAUUUUAUAUUUGAGUGGUGAACUUAGCAUUUCCCAAACAAUACUCCUAUUAAUUGGCAGUAAAUACAGCCUUUAUCGCUGCUGUUUCCUGUUUCACCACAUCUCUUAUCAAGUUCAUUUUUGUUGAUGUUGCAUGAUGCGAUUGGUUUUUGGUAAAGACGAGUUAACGGAGCACGUUGUGUGAGUUUUGUGAGACAGGUCAUCGGUGUAAUGUGUAGUGAGGCUGGAUAACCUCCAGAGGUUUUUGAGACAGGCCCCAACUAUCAUAUAGAUGCUAUUUUUUUUCUUCAUUAGCAACAAAUGGUGAUGGCUGCCUGGUGUGUAUAGUACAACUUGUUAACUCAAACUAGUAGAUGCAGUGUUGGUGGUUCCAAAGUAGAUGCACAGCGAUUUAACCUAAGGUUCCACUUGCGACAUUUGGAAAAAAAUGGAACGUUUCAAAAUGAAUUUUUAGUCUUACAGCAUAAAAGAAAUCAGUCAUUUGAAAGAUGAAUCGAAUGCUUAGAAGAACUAUGCAACAAAAGUCUUUGUUUACUCUUUAAAUGAUUCCCCCACCAAGAUUAGAUGAACAACCAUCAUGUGCGAUUUUUAUACAUCCUGUAGAUGGUCUGCGGCAGUUAUUUUACUCUACCAGCUGUGGUUUCAAACUGUCUCCUGGACAAUGCUCUGUCCUAAUAUAUUUAAAGUGAAACGGUGCCUUAUUGUAAAAACACAUGCAGCCUAUGAACCAAACAUGUAAAUAGUCAAGUGUAUUAUAGUAUUUAUUAUUGUAUGUAUUGCUCUGGUUUCCAAAAUGUUUAUUAAUGGUGAUGUGGGAUUGAAAAUGUGCCUUUUUUCUCGCCCAGCAAACCUGUAUCAAAAGGCAUCCAGCUAUAGAAGUAGUCCUUUGUUCUUUGCAAUGAUUUUGAUUGUUAAUACAACGACUGGUGAAUCAUCCUCUGUAUGCUUUAAUUCGUAUUCACUUGCCUUUGAAGUAUGUACAAUAAAUGUGUGCACAUCCGUAGACAAGAAUCACAAAAAUGCCUUUUCACAGAACAUGUAUUCAGACGUUCUCUCUCUCUUUCUCUUUGGGAGAUGUCGUGUUUUUGUACACUUGCACCUGAAGUUAUUAAAGAAUAAACGCCUUGUUACUUUGGUUUGAUUAUA